UCCACUACCUUCAUACCCCCACUCUAGGCCUUUUGGAGGCAGCAACAGCUGUGGCAGAAUGUAACGCGAGCCUGGAGCGCACUUCCAGGGCGCUCGCUGCUCCCUCUUCGGAGCGAGGGGGGGACGUGUAGGUUUUUGCGCACAGACUGGAGAGAGUUCCGGGGGAAAGCCUGGAGCAGCGAACAGGAGGGAGAGAGGUGGGCAGGCAGAGUUCGCACCUGCAGCCUGCGCUGCGGUCUGGGCGGUAGGGCUGCUGCCCUUUAGGGCAUGCGUGCCUCAUGAAGAGACAGAACCACAGGCUGAGGCCCCUGCAUCUCUCGGUGUACCAUUUGUCCAAGACAAGGUGUGGCUGGAGCACUACUGCUCCGAAGCAAAGUCGCAAAGGAAGAGGUUGAGAGGCAGGCGACUUAGAAGAGUCUGGUCACGGAGCCAAGAGGAGGCGCCCGAGGUUCUAGCGAAGGGGAAGAGUAAUUUAGGAACCCUUUUUAGCCUGUCCCUGCCCAGCUCCUCCUAAAGUCCACAAAAGCUCUCCUGAAGUCUAGAAAUCCUCCCUGGGUGGGGACAAGUUUCCUAGCAUUCUCUUUGGCUAGGACCGGGAGUGGAGAAAACACGCGGGGCUGCUCCGUCUGCUGCUCUCGAAGACACGUUUUCCUCCAAGCCGCCUUCAGCUCCAAUCGCCUUUGGGUAGCCUCCCUUUUCUCCCUGGAAGCUCAAGCCCACACUGUUUGGAACCCAGCUCUCCAUUUAGCCCUGGACUGCGGCCCAUCGCCCCAGACGUGGAACUGCAUGCCUGAGCCCUGCUGGACAUCGCCGGUUGCUGUGCAAGACUCAGAGCUCCUUACUUCCACAGACAGGAAUUAGGCAACAAUUAUGGGGCCUGGAGAAGUAAAAUUCCCAGCUACUGAAGAAAGUGAACAAUGAAGCCACCAUUUCUUUUGGCCCUUGUGGUCUCUUCUGUAGUCAGCACAAAUUUGAGGAUGGUAUCAAAGAGAAAUUCUGUGGAUGGCUGCAUUGACUGGUCAGUGGAUCUCAAGACAUACAUGGCUUUGGCAGGUGAACCAGUACGGGUGAAAUGCGCCCUUUUCUACAGUUAUAUUCGCACCAACUAUAGCAUGGCCCAGAGCACUGGACUCAGGCUUAUGUGGUACAAAAACAAGGGUGAUUUGGAAGAGCCCAUCAUCUUUUCAGAGGUCAGGAUGAGCAAAGAAGAAGAUUCAAUAUGGUUUCACUCAGCUGAGGCACAAGACAGUGGUUUCUACACUUGUGUUUUAAGAAACUCGACAUAUUGCAUGAAGGUGUCAAUGUCCUUGACUGUUGCAGAGAAUGAAUCAGGCCUGUGCUACAAUAGCAGGAUACGGUAUUUAGAGAAAUCUGAAGUCACUAAAAGAAAAGAGAUCUCCUGCCCAGACAUGGAUGACUUUAAAAAGUCUGAUCAAGAGCCUGAUGUUGUGUGGUACAAGGAAUGCAAGCCAAAAAUGUGGAGAAGCAUAAUAAUACAGAAAGGAAAUGCUCUUCUAAUCCAAGAAGUUCAAGAAGAAGAUGGAGGAAAUUACACUUGUGAACUUAAGUAUGAAGGAAAACUUGUGAGACGAACAACUGAAUUGAAAGUUACAGCUUUACUCACAGACAAGCCUCCCAAGCCAUUGUUCCCCAUGGAGAAUCAGCCAAGUGUUAUAGAUGUCCAGCUGGGUAAGCCUCUGAACAUCCCUUGCAAAGCAUUCUUUGGAUUCAGUGGAGAGUCUGGACCAAUGAUCUACUGGAUGAAAGGGGAGAAGUUUAUUGAAGAACUGGCAGGUCACAUUAGAGAGGGUGAAAUAAGGCUCCUCAAAGAGCAUCUUGGAGAAAAAGAAGUUGAGUUGGCACUCAUCUUUGAUUCAGUGGUGGAGGCUGACCUGGCAAAUUAUACCUGCCAUGUGGAAAACCGAAAUGGACGGAAACAUGCCAGUGUUCUGCUGCGUAAAAAGGAUUUAAUCUACAAAAUUGAACUUGCAGGAGGCCUGGGAGCAAUCUUCCUUGUCCUUGUACUGCUUGUGAUCAUCUACAAAUGCUACAAUAUUGAAUUAAUGCUCUUCUACCGACAGCAUUUUGGAGGUGAUGAAACUACCAAUGACAACAAGGAAUAUGAUGCCUAUCUGUCUUACACAAAAGUGGACCAAGAUACUUUAGACUGUGACAAUCCUGAAGAAGAACAGUUUGCUCUUGAAAUACUGCCAGAUGUCCUGGAAAAACACUAUGGAUAUAAACUCUUCAUCCCAGAAAGGGACCUGAUUCCAAGUGGAACAUACAUUGAAGAUCUCACAAGAUUUGUUGAGCAAAGCAGAAGACUUAUUAUCGUGCUAACUCCAGACUAUAUUCUCAGACGAGGAUGGAGUAUUUUCGAAUUGGAAAGCAGACUCCAUAACAUACUAGUCAGUGGAGAAAUCAAAGUGAUUUUGAUUGAGUGUACAGAAUUAAGAGGAAAGAUGGAUUGCCAGGAAGUAGAAUCACUAAAGCACAGCAUCAAACUUCUGUCCCUAAUCAAGUGGAAGGGACCAAAAAGCAGCAAAUUAAAUUCUAAGUUUUGGAAGCAAUUAGUAUAUGAAAUGCCCGUCAAGAAAAAAGAAAUGCUUUCUCGGUGUCAUGUUCUGGACUCUGCAGAACAAGGACUUUUUGGAGAACUCCAGCCUAUACCCUCUAUUGCUAUGACCAGUACCUCGACCUCUCUGGUGUCAUCUCAAGCUGCUCUCCCUGAUUUCCACCAUUCAGAUUCAAUGCAAGUGAGACACUGUUGCAGAGGUUAUAAACAUGAGAUGCCAACCACCACCUUGCCAGUACCUUCCUUAGGCAACCACCACACUUAUUGCAACCUGCCUCUGACACUUCUCAAUGGACAGCUACCCCUUAAUAAUGCCCUGAAAGAUACCCAGGAAUUUCAUAGGAACAAUUCCCUGCUACCUUUAUCAUCCAAAGAGCUUAGCUUCACCAGUGAUAUUUGGUAGUGAAAACUCUGAAGUCCUCUAAACAGCUAUGUGAACAUACAUAGAACAGAACAGAACAUACAUAGAAUAGAAUUUCUGCUAAGCCAAGCAUAAAGUACACCUAAUAACACUGAGGUGCUGAAAAAGUGUUCAGAGUGAAAGGCACAGAAUCCCUUUUGUACUUAAAAUUUGUGUUUACAUUUGCAGAAUAGUGGGUGUAAAGAAGGACCUGCUUUUGUAGUAUAGUACCUUGUUUCAAUGUGUAGUUUUUAUUUAUUCCUGAAAAUAAAAAUGUAAAAAUCCUGUUGUUUUAGAGUAGGUUUUAUGAUACUAUUUGGACUGUAAACUUACUAGAUGAGAAACCUACCCCUAUUUAUGUAUAUUUCAGAUUAACAUGGCAUUUCAAAUAAGGAAAAUUUAAGAACUUUAAUUGAAUUUGAAAAUUCUGAACUAAGUAUAAGGGGGAAAAGAGAACUUCUACAGAAUAACUGAAAAAUCAGGAAUUAUCAAGAAAGACGUGUUGAAGCACCCCAGUUACAAGAUUGUAUGUAGAGGAAGAUCGGUUAAGAAAAAAUGUCACCGAAAUUUUUGGAAGUUCUUCAACAUAAUGGACAACUUCUGUAGACUAAAUCAGCAGCUAAUAUGACAGCUUAUUGUUGUAUAGGCAAGCACAUCUUCUGUAGGCAAGAUGUGGUAGGAAGGCAAACAAUAUGCAUUCUUGAGCAAAUGAGUAGACAGGCUACUAGUUCUUUGAAGAUGAUUUUGAACAACUCUUAUGGCUUUCUAGCCUAUUUCAAAAGUUUUACAAACUUGAAAACACAUUUUAAGAUGCAAAUUUUAUUGUUUCCUAACAAUUCACAUUUGGAUAUUUUUCCAAAUGAUCUCUUGACCUGCUUUAUAUGAAGAUGUGAGCAUCUUCCUACUUUUUUACAGCAUCAUUGGAGUUUGAAUUUAAAUAAAUAUUGACUGCAAGUGUCAGCAGUAGAAAAGAAGUAAAACAACAGUAUUCACAGAUGAAGUGCUAAAUGAUUCAAGUUUACUAGUGGCAGAGCAGCAAUUGCAGUUAUUCUCAUCUGAAAUGUAGUUGUGAAAGAGACUAUGCUGUACAUACACAAUGUCUGCUUGGCCAUGUGUGCAAGGUUCCUGCAGAAGUAUCUCUAUUCCUGGUGCUUCAAAGAGUAUAUUUUAUAGACUAAACUUCUCCACCCUCCCAUUAUGACUGUGACUAUACCACACCAGAAAAUACCUAUGAAUGAUCUAAAAUAUUAUAAAUUUGCUGUAAGGAAUGUGCCCCUAUCUAGUAUCUAGUAUUUAUUGUGGAUUACUAUUUUGUGUUCUUUCCAAUUAAUCAAUUUUGGUGUGCUUUCAACUAAGAUGCCUUUGGGGGCCAAUUUUUAAUCAAGGCUGAUUCUGGAAUUUUGAAAAUGGUUCAUAAAUCAUGUUUUUGGACAAAUAUAAUAAGGACAGAUGUACACAGUGUGUAAAAAUUAAGAAUUUUCCCAGCUCUUGUAAAUGUGAAACUCAAAUGUUUAAGAGAAUAUUAGAUAAUAUGUUUUGAUUUUUUUCUUUCAACUUCUUUACAUUAUUGAUUCUCUGUGAUCCGUGGGUUUUGUUUAAAGUACUUGUUUCUCCAUUGCUUUUCUAUACUCAGCUUCUCAGAAAAUGCAUUAUGCACCAACAAUAUGUAAAAGCUUAGCAGUGAUACAUGUUCAUUUCAUAUUGGGACAAUUAGUUGCUCCUUUGAAAAGUCCUGUUCAACAUAUAUACAUGUUUCAUAGAUAUAUUGUUUCCACUAAGAAAGGUGAUUUUGCUUCUGUAAAAAAAAAUAGAUAUUUCAAAAUGGAAAUUUAUCAAUUCUGAACUGUUUUCCAAGUGUUAUAGAGUUGUAUUUACUCUCAUUGUUCUUUAAUGAUAUGUGCAAUCACUAAGUUAAUAACCUGCAUGGAAUGAGUAGCAUAUUUUUAAGUGACCAAUUGUACUUUUUAUUAUUUUGUUUUUCACAGAAGCCUAGAUUAAUUCAAAUAGAAUGUUCAGUGGUAUUUUUAAACUAAUAGUUCUGUAUUGAGCAUGCCAGUUCUGAAAAUAUAACAUGGGUCUCUCUGCUUCCCUUAUUUACAAUGAUUAAACGUGGGUAGCAAUUUGA